UGGUAGCUGCCGCAAUGUUAACAUACAAAAUAUUUAAUUGUUUCACUCACCCAAUUUGACGUCGCGGAGGUUUCUUGCGUCGGAAGCUGAGGGUCAGAGCGCCUUUGCACAAUAUUAUCUUAAUAAUAACUGUUGCACUGAGGCAACAACGGCAAAUGAUUAUGGAGAAGACGUCUGGGAAGCAAUAUCCCAUCUUCAGCCUGAAGAGAACGGUUCUCAUAGGUGGACACCUUAGCAAACACAAAUGCACCCCACACCCUUGGCACCACGUCAGGAAGUUCACCAAGCAAUCAACUUCUUGGAUGAGCUGGAGUGUGCUGCUGACUGGGGACCUGGCGGAGGGGCUUAAAUAGGAGAGCGCUGGCUCCACUUGGAGAGAAAACCGAAGACCGGGAGGAGAGAGGAGUUAAUACGGACGCCGGAGAACUUGAGGACACGCGAGACUUUCUAUCCCCUGCGCCGAUUGGAAGUGACGAAGUUGAACGGUGAAGAUUUUGAUUUUGAACGCCACUGCCUCCACUUCAAGGUAUACAAAUGCUUUCUGUCCAGCCGGACACGAAGCCAAAAGGCUGUGCCGGCUGCAACCGGAAGAUCAAGGACCGCUACCUGCUGAAGGCCCUCGAUAAGUACUGGCACGAAGACUGCCUCAAGUGCGCCUGCUGCGACUGCAGGCUGGGCGAGGUGGGCUCCACGCUCUACACCAAAGCCAACCUCAUCCUCUGCCGGAGAGACUACCUACGGUUGUUUGGCGUGACGGGAAACUGUGCAGCCUGCAGCAAGCUAAUUCCAGCCUUCGAGAUGGUCAUGAGAGCCAAAGAGAACGUCUACCACCUGGACUGCUUCGCAUGCCAGCUCUGCAAUCAAAGGUUUUGCGUGGGAGACAAGUUCUUCCUGAAGAACAACAUGAUCCUUUGCCAGACGGACUACGAGGAGGGCCUGAUGAAGGAGGGCUACGCUCCCCAGGUCCGUUGACCCUCGUAAGAGGGGGGGGCGGGGGAACGAAAAGGAGAUUGAAGACAGAGGAGUGGGAGAAAACUGACGGAAAGCUUGCAAUCACACAACAAAAAGCACUAUCGCUUCCUGUCCAACUCCUGUCCCCCACGUGUACAUAAUGAAGCCCAACCUGGAAGGGGAAGUACUCUACUGUACAGAAUAGCCAUAGAGACUGCGGCAGAGCAGGCAAGUGGCCCUGGAAGCGGACUCUUAAAUAAAAUAAGGUUUUGUUUGUUUGUGACUGACAAGUGCUGCCUCUUUCUUCUUGGCAAACAAAAACACUGGCCUCAGAAAAACCCAAAGCAAGUUGUUGGACAGAUAUUUACAUGCUUUCAUGUGUCACCUUUUACGACAAGGACUGUGAGCUCCAACUACUUGAAUCGAAAACACACCGAGGUAUUGCCAAUCAGUGUAUCUUUGGGAUAAACACCUUUUUACUGGAUGUUGUAAAGUGUAAACAGAGGAGCUUGAAAAAAAAAAUAAUAAUAAUUUAAUACUUGUGUUGGGGUGCGUGGGGGUGUGCAAAUAACUUCUUUUUUUUUGAGGAGUUUUUCUCAUGUAGUCUCUGUUUAGUCUGGAGUCUGACCAUAAAGAUUUGCGAUCUCAUCAGGUUAUUCGCUCUAUCAUGUUUUUUCAGUAUUCAUGAAUUCUGGCAGUUUGAUUGACAUGCGGUAGUACAGUGCAAAACACUUGGGUAUUUUUUUUUUUUUGUGAUUUCCCAUUUUUACAAAACUGGACAAAUCCCACAAAGACUUUGUCUGAGCGCUCACAUCGAUCAGUGCUACCUUGCCAGCUCUCAGGGCGGGAGAGGAGAAGCAGCAGUUAGCAGGUCAAAACUCAAAUGCCAAGGGGUAAGGGGACACGUAGGAACUCAUUAAAUAUAGCAGAUAAUCUUGAACUAUGAUAUAAAUGGACCAGUCCAGUUCCCAGAAUCAGAAUGGCAUGACAAAGCUUCAUAACAACAACAGCAAAAACUGAAAUCCACCAUUUUUAAAGCCUCGGCAGACUCCAUAUUGAGUGACACAAUCAAUGACGACAAUUCAGCUAUGACUUCUGCACAUUAUUUUGAACUUCGCAGCCAAUAAUAAUAAUGACAAAUGGGACACGUGCAUUGUUUUUCAAUGGAUGGGAGCAUGAGCCACCCUCAGCGAGCAAACUGUGGUCUACAAAUAACCUUCGUGAAAUCACAUUUUGCUCUAAUUGAUGCCUGGAUUUGGAGUUACAGUUUUUGGGGGGGAGGCAUGCAUUUAUUUCAACUUUGCAUUGUGGAGCUGGCGAAAUACUUAAUGGAGGCUGGUUCCUGCCGCAGUUGUACAGGCGUAUGGAAUGAUGUUGUGGGGGGGGGAUUGGUAAACUUUAUUUAUUGAAGCAGUUCUUGUCCUAAAUUCGGCACGAUUCAACACGCUGAUACUUGAAUGCAAUCAAUGGCGGACGCGUGAGUCAACUCGCUACCUGCAGUCUCAUCACCUUGAACCCCACGUGUUGCGUGAACUCUCCCGCUGUGCUCACCUUUCAUUCUUGACUUCAAAAUGUCCUCUGUAAAAUGUGGGUGUACAUAAAAAAAAACAACAACAACAAGAAAAACUUUUGCUUGCCUGUUGUACAAUUCUUUCUCUUUUUUUUGUGUGUGUCAUCCAGCAUGAGAUGUUUAUUUUUAGGACAACGCUUGUAAAUACUGUAAUUGUAAUAAUUUUAAGCACAAAUGUAAUACAGUUUUAUUGUGUUA